CUAUAACAAUUAAACAAUAUCAUAUCAAUAAGCACGUCGUAGCCUAUAAAAUACCAUAACUAAUCAUUUAAUAAAAACUCUACAUUAAGAGUUAGUGGUAAUAAUAUUUAUAUACGUACAUAUUUAUAUUACUAUUAUUAUAUGACGUGGCGCAAUAUAUAUUUCCUGCCAGAAGAAGUGUCAAGCCACAAUACGCGUGAUGACUGUUGGGUGACAAUACACGGGGUGGUAAAAAAUGUAUCCGAACUGAUCGAAGAGUUCGGACACGAUGUAGACCUCGUGAAUCCAAUACUCCAAGAAGCCGGGCAAGACGUAUCCUACUGGUUCGAAAUGGAUGGACUCGGAGUAAUUAACCUGAAAACGCAUCUUCUUCUCGAAACUGGCGCUCGCGUAUCUUUACUGCCGUUUAGAAUACCCCACGGACCGAAAUUCGAACCGGACGUGAACUGGGAACCGGACAUAAGCACGAAACCGUGGUGGGCGGAUGAAAAGUAUAACAUUGGUGUAGAAACAGUCAGACCUAUCAACGUUCAAAUUAUUAAUCCUCUCAUAAAACGGAGCGCGACGAUAAAGAUAUGUUUCGAGGAUACCGUUCAGAGAAUAAUGGAACGUUAUUCAGUAUAUAACCCAAAAAUAUGUACCUACAUAGUGAAAUAUUUAGGCAAUAUAUUAAAUACAAACUUGAACUUGUCACAAAAUGGCGUCACUCUAAAAUAUGAAGACUCUGUUGAAGACUAUGUACCAACAUUGAUGUUAUACUAUCAAGAAAGAUUAGCCCCGUGGCGCGAUGUAUAAGAGAAACAAUAGUGGUGUAACUGGCAUAUAAUAGCAAUCAGGAGUCUACUAAAUUAUACAUUCUUAAAUCUAUAACAUUACAUUAUAAAAAUUAA